AUGAGCGGUAACAAUAACGGACCACGUGGCAACGAAAAUAUUCAAGCUUUACCAGCGAUGGCAUCCAUCGUCCUGCCACCGGGCUAUUGCAUACAACCGCCGGGGGAAGAGGAUAACAUGCCGCCACCACACCAACCGGGGCAUCAUGAACAGCCUGUAAUUGUUGAAGCUGGACCACCAAUUCACCAAGCACCAGGAGCUGGUGCUUGCAGAUGCAUUUACUGCAUGGAUGAAAUGCCUGUUCCCCCAGCGGUUCCUUUUCACCAGGCAUUAUAUAUGCCUCAGCCACCGACUGCCGCCUUACCCGUUGCUGCACCGAUGAUGUCUACACCGAUGAUGCCUGCACCGAUGAUGCCUGCACCGAUGAUGACAGCACCGAUGAUGACAGCACCGAUGACUGCUGCAAUGGGCAUUAUCUCGACGCCGGAGGGAAACAAUGUUCUGUUUAGUGGACAGGGUGGGAGAAGACUCGGAGACGAAAUUUGGACGCCGAUCAGGUAA